UUUUCGCAGUCCUGUAAUCAGUUGUGUAUAGGACACUCGCGUGCGCGCGUCGAACGGUUUCUGGCCUUAUAUGCGGACUCGAAUGCGGAUGAGCAGUGUGUGUGGAAAAGUGUGUGAAAAGUCUGACGGCGAAACGCAACAACAAAUGUUGAGAAAGGACCCUAAGUAAAUUUGCCAUAUACUUGCUUGAUGGCUAAAAUGUAAUAUCGAAGAAAGUAAAAAUUAAGUGAGCGGGAAAGUAUGAGAAAUAACUGAAUAAGCCGAAAUCAUUAACAAAUUAAAUCGAGACACGCAAACAGGGGGCAAGAAAGUAAAGCUACCCACCUACCCAUAUACAAAUAUCGAAAGGAGUCAAGUGUUCUUUGGAGGAGCUGUUUGCUGGCAUGCUUUGAGGUUAAUACCACCCACCCAUCAGCCAUCAACCAUCGGCCAUCUCCUCCCCCUGCGCCUCCCACUCAUCUCCGUUUUGGCCAAUUUCUCCGUCUGCUUUCGCCGCUUUCUUUCUGCCGUCACCAUCAAAAGGCAUCGAAGCAAUGGUAGCCUCAUUAGCGACUUAGCAGAAUGGCGUAAAGGAAACCGAAACCGAAAACCACAAAAAAAAGAAAAGGAUACGCUGAAAGGGAUUCAGAGCAGCAGCCGCUGAAAAGGUGGAGAACCCAUAAAAAGGACAAAGAAAUUGUAUACUCUCCGCGAAUUUCAGGCAUAAUGAGUUCGCUCUUGGGUUCCUAAAAACCGAGCACCUCAAAUGCAAAUUGAUAUUAGGCCGCCAAUCAUAAUCAGCACCGAAAUUAAUUAGACACGGCAGCCAGUCAACAACAAGUCAGGAGCAACCAUGGCCUCACCGCCGGAAAGUCCCAUCGAGGAGGUGGUCUAUGAGUUGGAACACACACGAGUGCCUAAGCCCAUUCCCGUAGCCCUCGAGGAUCUGUGCCGGCAGACCAAGUUCACCAAACAGGAAAUCCGGGUCAUGUACAGAGGAUUCAAAACGGAAUGUCCCGAGGGCGUGGUGCACGAGGAUUGUUUUAAGGAUAUUUACGCCAAAUUCUUUCCACAUGGCAAUUCGAGUUUAUACGCUCAUUAUGUGUUCAAAGCGUUCGAUGUUAAUUGCAAUGGCGCCAUUAGUUUUCGGGAUUUACUGGUCACCUUGUCGACCCUGCUGAGGGGUUCGGUGUACGAACGACUGCGCUGGACCUUCAAGUUGUACGACCUGAACGGCGACGGAAGGAUCAGUCGCGGCGAACUGAGCGAAAUCAUCUUGGCCAUUCACGAGCUUAUGGGUAGGAGACCACAUCAGCCUGAGGACGAUCGCAAGGCGAGGGAUCAGGUCGAUCGUGUGUUCCGCAAACUGGACUUGAAUCAGGACGGCAUUAUAACGAUAGAGGAGUUCUUGGAGGCCUGCCUGAAGGACGACUUGGUAACGCGAUCGCUGCAAAUGUUCGACAACGACCUUUGAUGACAAGAGGGCGAGCUUGAGCCAGGGCUACGCACUUCCAGGACUAUAAUAUCCCUUAUAGAUCUUUAAAUGCAAUAAGCAACGCAAAGAAAUUGACAACCCCAUUAAAAAAACAAAAAUAUUAAAAAAAAGAAAGCAGAAGGAGAACCCAAACAAGCAUGCAAAAACACCAGUGAAAUUGAUGGAAAACGAGGAAAUGAAACAUAUUAGUAAUUAACAUUAGUUUAGGCAAAAUAUCGAAGGAAGAAUCUUUAAACUUUAUGAGUGUGUUAUUAUAUAACUAACGAUGAGGUCGACGAAGAUUAUAAAGAUUAUAAAGAAUAUGUAAUUUUUUGAGCAUAUUAUGAAUUUAAUCCUGCCGUGAAAAGCGAAUUGGUCUUAUAUAUGUAUUUACUAUAUAAAUAUGUAUAUGUACGAUAACUAAAUGUGUAAAUGAAUUUAAUUUCGAGAACAAAACUAAACAAAACCACCAAACCAAUGUUUGAUUCAGGAAUGGAAUUGGUAUACCGACAACAAGAGAAACCGAGCUCUCAACACGAUUUACUUUACUACAAAUAUGCAUAAAGAGUAAUAGAAUACUAAAUAUAAAUUUACACUUAGCUAAAUGGAAUAUUACCAACCAAAAGAACUAUCUUAAAUGAGUUUUUAGUUAAGAUUUUUCAGAUUUCCUUAUUUUCCGCAAGCUUUAUUAAAAAUUUAAGCCAUUUAAGCCAUUUUCUUCACUGUCAAUUAAAGCAUUAAAUAAUUAACAAGCGAAAAAUUAAUUUAAUUCAGACUGUCGAUUAUUCUAUAAAACCCAUUUUGAACGUGUGUGCUUAUUUGCUUUGCAUCAACUAAUUGAAUUUACAAUUUGUCUCAAUAAAUCGGUUUGAAAAGGCAAAAAAUAGAUACUAUAUAAACACAUGAAUAAAUAAUGUAUGGGUUUUGUGUGCCCGACCAACCACCGAUAUAUAAAAAUGGCACUUGACAAUUACGGAUUAUUUAAUAUUUAUACAAGGCCGUGUUGAUUUUUUAAUGUUAACUGCAAUUCACAACAUGAAUCUUCAAUUGAAUUAAAUUUUUAUUAAAUUACCCAUGCCAGGAGAUAUAUUUACACGCAAAAGUAACCCCCCUAUUCAUCAGCCCCAAAAAAACCUAUAAAUGGGGAGCUUCAGGAAAAGACGACAAAAGUUGUGCAGCGAAAUGAAAAUGUAACAUAAUAUAGAAAAAGAGACGGUUUUUAUAAAAACUCAUACACAAACAUUGAAUGCUUAAUUGUGCAUCGACAAGACAAGACAAUCAAUGUGGUUUGAUAUUUCCUAUUUCCUGUUUAGUUGUACACAUUGUUCUUCCAUUGUUGCUUUAAACAAAAAACCUAUUUCUGUAUUGAAAACAAAGCCUUAAGCGAAGAAUAUUAGGAAAUGAAAUCAGUGGUUUAUUGACGUCAGAACCUUUUUAUUUAAAUAUUCAACCUAGCAGGUGUGUCGUUUAAAAUGUGCUAACUGUGUACUAGAACAAGAAAAUAUCUAAUUGUUGGGUUUCAAAACUUGCCAACAGUAAUUAUUAAAUAAAAAGGCUUAAUAUAGAUUCUAUCAUAAUUUAAUUUCGGUUGAAUCGGAGCUUCAACUUUGUUAACUAUAUUUCCACCAUAUUUCAGACAGGGUUCCAAAAAAGGAAUGUACCAUCAGUAAAAACAAAUUACUCCCAUCAAAAGGCAAAGCCAUUUUAUGCGAUUCCAUCAUCAAAUAAUCUUAGCAUUAGUAAAUGUGUUAAAGAACAUUUUGUUGAAUAAAAUUACUCUAUGCGACCUACUCGGUAAACCACCCACAAUUUCUAACUCUUAAGAAACGAUCUAUGCAAUAUGAACGUACACUGUCCAAAAAAA